AUGCGGGGGGCUCUGCCGCCCCUGUCUUCGCUGCUGCUGCUGCUGCUGCUGCUGGGGUGCGGGCCGAGGGCAGCCACCGGAGGCGGGGCCGGCGGGGCCGCGGGCUACGCGCCGGUGAAGUACGUGCAGCCCAUGCACAAAGGACCUGUGGGGCCGCCCUUCCGCGAGGGCAAGGGCCAGUACCUGGAAAUGCCUCUACCGCUGCUGCCAAUGGACCUGAAAGGCGAGCCUGGUCCGCCUGGGAAGCCCGGGCCUCGGGGACCACCUGGCCCUCCUGGCUUCCCAGGAAAACCAGGCACCGGAAAACCAGGACUCCAUGGGCAGCCUGGCCCCGCCGGCCCCCCUGGCUUCUCCCGGAUGGGCAAGGCUGGUCCCCCAGGGCUCCCAGGCAAGGCUGGGCCACCAGGACAGCCAGGGCUUCAGGGCGAGCCAGGGAUACGAGGGGACCAGGGUCUUCGGGGGCCCCCAGGACCUCCUGGCCUCCCAGGGCCCUCAGGCAUUGCUGUCCCUGGGAAGCCAGGCCCCCAAGGGGUGCCAGGGCCCCCAGGAUUCGGAGGGGAGCCAGGGCCCCAGGGGGAGCCGGGGCCCCCAGGUGAUCGAGGUCUCAAGGGGGAUAAUGGAGUGGGUCAGCCAGGGCUACCUGGGGCCCCAGGGCAAGGGGGUGCCCCUGGACCCCCUGGCCUCCCUGGUCCAGCUGGCUUGGGCAAACCAGGUUUGGAUGGGCUUCCUGGGGCCCCUGGAGAUAAGGGUGAGUCGGGGCCUCCGGGAGUACCGGGACCCCGGGGGGAGCCAGGGGCUCUGGGCCCAAAAGGGCCCCCCGGGGUGGAUGGUGUGGGGGCCCCAGGAGCAGCAGGGCUGCCAGGGCCACAGGGCCCAGCAGGGGCCAAAGGGGAGCCAGGAACCCGGGGACCCCCUGGUCUGAUAGGCCCCACUGGCUAUGGGGUGCCAGGACUGCCAGGCCCCAAGGGGGACAGGGGCCCAGCUGGGGUCCCAGGCCUCUUGGGGGACAGGGGUGAGCCAGGUGAGGAUGGGGAGCCAGGGGAGCAAGGCCCACAGGGCCUUGGGGGGCCCCCAGGACUUCCAGGAUCUGCAGGACUCCCUGGCAGACGUGGGCCCCCUGGGCCCAAGGGGGAUACAGGGCCCGGAGGACCCCCAGGAGUGCCUGGGAUUCGGGGUGACCAGGGACCUAACGGCCUGGCUGGAAAACCUGGGCCCCCAGGAGAGAGGGGACUUCCUGGGGCCCAUGGGCCCCCUGGACCAACUGGGCCCAAAGGUGAGCCGGGCUUCACUGGCCGCCCUGGGGGACCAGGGGUGGCAGGAGCCCUGGGACAGAAGGGUGACUUGGGGCUCCCUGGGCAGCCAGGCCUGAGGGGCCCCUCAGGAAUCCCAGGGCUCCAGGGCCCAGCUGGUCCUAUUGGGCCCCAGGGACUGCCAGGCCUGAAGGGUGAACCCGGCUUGCCAGGGCCCCCAGGCGAGGGGAAAGUGGGGGAACCGGGAGUGACUGGGCCUACAGGGCCCCCUGGGGUCCCUGGUUCCCCAGGACUCACUGGCCCUCCCGGGCCUCCUGGGCCUCCCGGUCCCCCUGGCGCCCCGGGGGCCUUUGAUGAGACUGGCAUUGCCGGCCUGCACCUGCCCAAUGGAGGCGUGGAGGGCGCUGUGCUGGGCAAGGGGGGCAAGCCGCAGUUCGGGCUGGGAGAGCUGUCGGCCCACGCCACCCCCGCCUUCACCGCCGUCCUCACCUCACCCUUCCCCGCCUCGGGCAUGCCUGUCAAGUUUGACCGGACUCUCUACAACGGCCACAGUGGCUACAACCCAGCCACUGGCAUCUUCACCUGCCCUGUGGGCGGGGUCUACUACUUUGCUUACCACGUGCACGUCAAGGGCACCAACGUGUGGGUGGCCCUGUACAAGAACAACGUGCCAGCCACAUACACCUACGACGAGUACAAGAAGGGCUACCUGGACCAGGCAUCUGGCGGGGCUGUGCUCCAGCUGCGGCCCAACGACCAGGUCUGGGUGCAGAUGCCGUCGGACCAGGCCAACGGCCUCUACUCCACUGAGUAUAUCCACUCCUCCUUUUCAGGGUUCUUGCUCUGCCCCACAUAACACCACGGGGGCCUUGCCUCCUUGGCCUCCUCCUCUUUAGUGGUAGAGAGACCUUCUCAGUUACAAGAACCUCCAUUUAAAGAAAAAACCAAAGGCUGAACAGAUGCGGAAGCAGAAGCGGCCGUGGCCUUGGCCCGAGGAGACUGGUUUGGUUUCUCCCUCCACGCAGGCUGAGGUGGUUUCUGGAAGAGGCUGGCCUGAGUUCCUCUCCCCCAAGUGUCUGUGCAGCGUGGGGGUUGCGCCCCCACUGUAGGCAGGCCCCCAGGACACUCAGCCCCGCUGUCGGAGCCCCCUGCCCUCUCAGGAGUCCUGGGUUCUGCUGGGUGGGGAAGGAUGCUGCUUCUCUGGGUCAGAGCGUUGAGGGGACUGAGCUCCCCAUUCCGUUCCCCUAGGGAGACACAGGCCCAAGCCCUGCCCUUCCUGCUGGCCCCCAGACGGCACCUCGGAUCUCAGCUGGGGCUCUUCCAGCUCCCCUGGGAAUUCCAGCAGCGGAUGGUGGGUCCCAUGAAGAGUUUUUGCUUCUGGGGGAAAGCAAAGGGUGGGGGGCAUCGAGGUGGCUAGAGUGGACGCCUUGCCAGGACUGCACCCCCAGCGCGAUGCUGUGGCGACAGGCCUGUCCAUGGCAGGUGCAGGAGCUCGGCCCCUUCUCUGCAGGCUCCUGGAAAGGGCCAACUCUGUUUCUGCUCCAGCUGCAGCCACAGAAGCGGUGGUUUGUGGCGGGAGGAGCACGGACCUGGGGCCCGAUGGCAGCCCUUUACGUCCACCUCCAUCUCCCCGGCUCCUCCCAACCACUGGCUUUGCUCAGCAGAAGGGCAGUCGCGCAAGCCCUUGGGGACUGACUGCCGCAGCAGGCACGGGGCAGGACCGACCAGCGGCGAACUCAAGUACCCUCCCUCUCCUUUCCCCUGCUGGGGGAGGGCUGAUUUCUUCAUACAAAAUUGUAAGGUAUCCUGCCCCCCCGCAACCCAAGUGUCCCCAAGGCAGAGAGCCUCUUUUUCGGCCCUCAGAACAAGGUACACACAAGCUCGGGGAUGAUGAAGGCUCCCCCCUGCUUCUCUUUAACAAGAGCCAUAUGGUGGGUAUGUGUGUCUACUAGAGGGGUUAAUCUGAGGGGGCUUCCUCUCCUUCUCCCCUCUGGUUCCAAUUUCCUGUUCUAAGCAGGAUUAGGGCCCAGAAGGUUGAGACUCUGAGGAAAACGGUGCCAACAGUCCUCCUUUAGAAUGAGUUGACUCGGGAUGUUUCUGCCGUUUUCCCCAAGCAGAGCACCCCCUGCAGGAAACGGACAGGAUCCCUCUCCUAUCUCCUAGUUCAAGCUCAGUGGAUAAAGCUGAGAUUAAUGCUGGGGCAAAGAUGGCCACUUUCCUGGGGCGGGGGGUGGGGCUCGGGGCCUCCCCCUCAGCCUGCCGCAAGCCAACCCACUUCUCCGUACCAAGUGUGAACUGGGGUCACGCAGUGUGGUCUUCCACUGCUCUGAUUCUGGCCGGCACCAGACUGUCCAUGUUGGACAUGGUGGUGGCCGAAUUUUGGUUCACUGAGCUCUGGGUUCCUGGGCUGGCCUCCCAACCCACUUCUCCCAACAAAGCAGGCCCCUUGACCGCUCACUUUGUCUUUCAAAAGUGAAACCCAAAGCUGUGCGAGGGACACCUGAACAGCUUUUGGCUGGGCCUCAUGGUGGAUUGCUUGAUCCCGGAUACCCAAGAGAACUAAAGAGCCACACCAAGCCUGGUGGGGUCCUUUACUCAGCCUCCUUCCUGGGCCAAAGCUGCCACCAUCUGACCAGCUAGGGAGGGGUUCCAAUGGGUGGAAAUUCAUUACCUCUGAGGGGGAGCCCAGGGGACUAAGGAGGGCACUGGGGGAGCCAGAAAAAGAGCUGUUUCACCGAACUUAGCUUCGGCUAAAUGUCAUUCCAGAAGCCUUUAGGGGAGGGGUGGCUGGUGCUUCCGAAAUGUCUAUGGGAAUUUAGUUCCAGGUGUCCACUUGACUAGCUUUGAUAAACGAUGCCAAGUUUUAACUAUGAAAACUAUGGUACUUUGGUGCAUUUUUUAUAUUCUGAUUCCUAGGUGGUUGUUUUUUUAAGAUUAAGGUUUGAAUGUUUUCAUUAGUAAUUUCAUUUCUAACCUGGUAUAGGAAGCUUAGUUCUCUACAUACCUAUUAUGUGCCCUGUGUCACAGAUUUGGGAAAAAUGCACUUGGGAAUCAAAAAAGGGGGUGGGUCUUCUUUUUGAAAAGAAAAACAGCAGUAUUGACUGUCUGUACUGACACAACCCCAAUAAAACCUGUUGUAUGAACAGC